GCUGAAGAUGAGGGCUUUUCUCCUUCCCGUCUCCCUGCAGGCUACUCCCCCAACAUCAAAGGCCAGCUGCUGCACGUGGACACCACCAGCAGCAUGCAGUACCGGACGCUGCUGGAGGCCGAGAUGCUGGCGUUCCACGUGAUCGCCAGUUACCCCUGCGUGUGGAACAUGCCCCAGUCCUGGCAGUGCGAGAUCGAGGUCUACAAGGCCACGUACCACUUUAUCUACGCCCAGAAGAACUUCUUCACAGAUCUGAUCAAGGACUGGGCAAGCGACAGCGCGCCGGAUAUCUACUCCUUUGUUCCGUAUUCCUGGAAGUUUAAGAUCUUAUUCCACCAGUUUGAGAUGAUUUGGGCGGCGAACCAACACAACUGGAUCGACUGCUCCACCAAGCAGCAGGAGAACGUGUACCUGGCGGCCUGCGAGACGCUCAACAUCGACUUCACGCUUCCUUUCACCGAGUUCGUCCCCGCCACCUGCCACACCCGCUUCAGCCUGAGGGCCGAGGACACGGACAUGCGGCUGUCGCUACCAGAGUGCCAUCCCAGCCGCCUACCACUGCUCACCCUGGCCAAGGACUACCAGAGCGUCAAGCUGCCCGGCGAUGGCGCGGCGUCCGGAGACGGCCAGGGAGCCCCGUCCUCCAAAACCAGCAAGCCGCGCUGGAGGAACAUCACCAAAGCAGAGGCCGGCUGGGUGGACUGCUGGAGCGUCCCAAACUUCCUGCUCAUCAUCGACUACACAUGGCAUCCCAUCUACCAGAAGGCGGACGAGCAGCUCAAGCAGUCGUUCUCAGAGAUAGAGGAGUCCAUGCUGUCUGCGAUCCGCCCCCCCGACCAGGGCGCGGCGCCACGUUUCCCCUGCGGCGCCGCCCCGGCCGCGCGGCUCUCCGCCGACCCGUCGGACCUGCCGCCCGACCGGCUGCAGGUGGAGAUGGAAAUGUCUCCGGACUCCCAGAUCCUCCUGUACGGGCCUCUGCUGCGUGCCCUCAUCGCCAUCAAGGAGAACUACUUCGGGGAGGACGACAUGUACACGGACUUUGAGGAGGCCGUGUCCAGCCCGGUGCCGUCCUCGGCCACCUCGUCGGGCCUCGGCUACUCUUCGUCUCCUGGCGCGGAGGACGGCGCACACGGCCACCCCCUGGACCUGCGGCCCUGGGAUAUCACCGUACUGAUCAACCUCUACAAGGUCCACGGCCGGCUGCCAGUGCACUGCAGCAGUGAAGGUCCAGAAGGCCCGUCCGGCUUCCUGGAGCGCCUCUGCUUCGAGAUGAAGAAAGGCUACAAGGAGACGAUGCUGCAGAUGAUCCUGUCGCCCAUUCACAUCUUCGUCAGCGACAACUACCAGCGCCCCACGGCGGACGGCGUGCUGAGAGACGGACACCUGAGUCUGUCCGGGCUGCAGAUGAGGGCGCACGCCAUGUUUUCAGCUCAGGGUCUCCCUCUGGGCAGCGACACGCUGGAGUACGCUUGGCUCAUCGACAUGCAGGCCGGGGCGCUGACCGGCAGGGUCACGGUUCCUCAGCUGGCUAGCAUGGUUGAGUGGGCAGAGACGUUCGUUUUCCACGUGGUUUCCAGAGAGUUCCAGCUGGAGCAACCCAAACCCUCCAUCAUCUGCCAGCACGGCGUGGACCGCCGCAUCUGUGCUGACAAGCUGGGCCGCCUGCCUGGCCACUGCCGCACCUCCGAGGAGCUGAAGUACACCAUGACCCGUCUGGCGCUGGACGGAGUCGACCUCUUCGUCGUGGAGCACGGCUGUGCCGCCAGCGUCAAGACGGCCGCCGUCCGGGUCGCCACCUGCAACCUGCACAAUCAGGCGGUGGGGGAGGGCAUCAGCGCCGUGGUGCAGGACGUCAACAUGCGGCAGUACAUCGAGCAGCAGCAGCCGGGUCAGGGGCAGCCUCCCCUGCUGCGCCGCUCCGUCUGGCUGGAGGCGGGCUCCGUCAACCUCAACCUCAUCACGGCAGACAUCGCGCUGGCGGCCGACCACCCAGCCAAGUGUGACGUCCAGAGACACUUCCUGGAGCUGCACGACGCGCAGACCAGAAGGCUCUGGUUUCUGUGGCCCGAUGACGCCAGCCUGCGCAGUAAGCGCAGCCGGAACCGCUGCGGCUGCCUGGGUGGCUGCAGGUUCUUCGGAGGAACCAACAUGGGUCUGGAUUUCUUCAGGCUGGAGGAGCUGACACCGUCGUCCUCGUCUGCCUUCUCCUCUUCCAGCGCCGAGUCCGACAUGAGCUAUGGUCAGUCGCUGCUGCAGCCCACCGAGUGGAUCGUCACCAAGGAGACGCCCAAAGUGGACGGUAAAGUGGUCGGGCUGAAGCGGGACACGCACUCCCCCUGCCUGCCACCGGAGGUGCCAGAGAGGCGCGGCCAGCAGCACCUGAGCCUCCAGGUGCCCCAGCGCUCCCACAGCUCCGCCUCCUCCUCCGAGGAGAACAGCUCCUCCAGCGCCGCGCUGCCCCUGCUGGCAGGAGAGAGAGACUCGCCGCCUCCUAGCGCCGAGGAGCGCCGCUUCCCUCUCAGCGCCAGAACCCACGCCGACGCGCUGGGCGACGUCCCCGAGGCGUCCCCCCUGUCCCCCGGCUCCCAGGACCGCGCCUCGGUGCGUUCGCCGCUCUGCUCGCCGCUGCGCCGCCAGUCUUCGGUCCAUUCGGGUCGGCUGGGCAGCACCAAGAGCCUGUCGGCCGCCGUGUUCGCCGACAAGCCGCCAGUCGCUAUGACCUCCGCCGGCGGUGGCGGCGGAGGCGUCCAAUUCAGCAGCGAGGUUUCGCGUAGCGACGAGAACGUCCUGGACUCGCCCCGGCAGCGGCGCAGCUACGGCUCGUUCCCCUUCACGCCGUCGGCCGACUCCAGCACCUUCCACCAGUACCGCUCGGCCGACUCCAGCAUGUCGGUGGCCGAGAGCGAGGCCUACUUCUCCGCCACCGAGGACUUCGAGCCGAUCAGCAGCGCCGACGAGGGGCCCGGCACGUACCCGGGUCGCAAGAAGAAGAGGCGGCAGCAGAUGCAGCAGCCGCAGCAGCCGCCGUACCACAUGGAGAGCUACAGCCGCAGCUCAAUCUACCACAGCGUGGAGGGGCCUCUGACCUACGUCCUGAACGGGGAGCUGAUCACGGAGCCCCGCCCCCCGCCGCCGCCCCAGCCGCUGGCCGCCCACCCGUCCCAGGCCUCCUUCGUGUCGGCGCUGGCCAUGGAGGAGGAGAGUUCUGUGGAGGCGGAGAAGACGGCCGAGCCCGGCCCGGUGACCCGGCAGCCUCACGUCAUGGCCUGCUACCAGAACUACCUGGCCCACUACCAGGUGUCCAACUGGUCCGUCAAGCAGCCGACCAACAAGAGAACCUCCAAGUCGUCUCUGCACCGGCCACUGGACCUGGACACGCCCACCAGCGAGGAAAGCUCCGCCUCCUUUGACCAGCUGGCUGUGCCCGGCUUCAAGGUGAUCAAGCCGGGCCUGUCGGCCACCUCCCUGCUGGACCGCGGGCUCCAGCUGAUGGGCGACAACACCAGCACGCCGUACACGCCGCUGGAUAAAAGAGCCAUGGAGAACACGGACGAGGACACGACGACGGACGACUGGUCGCUGGAGCAGCCGCUGGCUCAGACCAGAACCACGGCCAUCGUGGAGGUGAAAGGCGCCGUCAACGUGGUUCUGACGCCGCUGGUGGCCGAGUCCCUGGACAGAUACAUCGAGUCCAUGGUCCACUUCGAAAGCGUCCGGCACCCGGCGGCCAUCUUGGACGACCUGCACGGUAAAGUGCUGACCGAGGCGUAUCAGAUCAGCAAGUCCACGGUGGCCGAGUCGAGUCAGACGGCCAAGCCGGAGCAAAAGCUGUCCAAGCCGGACGCCGCCACCCUGACCUCCAGCGGACAGACGGAGCUGUCCGUCAAACCCGACAACGUCAAGAUAAAGGGGCUCCAGGCCAACGUCUCCAUCCCAAAGGUGAACCUUUGCCUCCUGCAGGCCUCCGUAGAGGAAGGCUCCCCGUCCGCUAAAUGCGUCCCACACGUGUCUCUGGUGGCGCUGUGCUUCGACCGGAUCGCCACCCAGUUCAGGAUGAACCGGGGGAUCGUUGAGGAGACACCGAACGCCACCGAACAUGGCCGACCAUCCGUCAUGUUGGAGAAGUACGCGUCGGCCACCAAGAUGCAGCCGCAGUCGUCCGGGUCGCUGCGCUCCAACGCCGGCAUCGAGAAGGGCAAAGAGAUCGCUGCCAGGCUGAACGUCCACCGGAUCCACAGCCAGCUGCGCGGACUGGACUCCACAGACGUGGGGACGUUCGCCAUCACCGCCAUCCCGUUCGAGAAGUCCAAGGUUCUGUUCGGCCUGGAGGACCUGGACGAGUUCUCCCUGGUGGACGAGACGGACGGCCAGGCGGCGCCGAGCGACCCGACUCGCACCGCUGCCUCGCUGGAGAAAUGGGGCUGGAUCAUGUUCGAAUGCGGCAUCGAGAACCUCACUAUCAAAGGCGGCCGUCAGUCCGGCGCCGUUCUCUACAACGCCUUCGGCGUCAUGGGACACUCGGACGGCGGCGGGAAGACCGGGACCGGCAAGUCCAACGGCUCCACAGGAUCCCAGACCGGGAGCGGCUACAGCACCGACGUUUCCGACGACAACCUGCCCAACGACGUCAUCAGCCCCAACUCUGACGCCAACGACAACUCGGACUCGGACGAGCAGGAUGAAGGCGUGGAGUCUGACGACCUGAAGAAAGAUCUCCCCCUGAUGCCGCCGCCGCCCGACUCCAGCAGCAUGAAGCUAACCAUCAGGGAGAUCUGGUUCAGCUUCGCUGCUCCCACCAACGUCCGCUCAGCGUCCCAGACCAUGUCCAGGCAACUGAACCUGCUGAGCACCGCCACCCCGGCCAUCGGCGCCUGGCUUGUCCCCAUCGACCAGCUCAAGUCGUCGCUACGGAAACUGGACAUGGAGGGAACGCUGCGCGUCUGCGCCGUCAUGGGCUGCAUCAUGACGGAGGCUCUGGAGAAGAAGAGCAUCCACAUCCCGAUCCGCAGCAAGUACAACCGGGUGACGAAGCGCGCCCGCUACCUGCACGAGAAUCCGUCCUGCAUGCUGUGCAACAUCCUGCACCGCUACUUGCAGCAGGCCGACUAUGCCGUCAUCGAGGAGGCCACCAUGAACGACGGUGUUCCGGCCCUGGUGACGCUGAAGAAGGGUCUGGUGGCUCUGGCCCGGCAGUGGAUGAAGUUCAUUGUUGUGACUCAGGGCUUCAAGGCCAUCGGCCUGAUGGGUCCUAGCCAGAUCGCCAAGCCCAGAGAGGCCCAGCAGAACCAGCCUGACCCGGUACUGGGCCUGGAUAACGGCGCCGCGCUGCACAGCGACACCAGCGCCGACGGAGCGGAGUUCGAGUUCGAUGCAGCCACAGUGAGUGAACACACCAUGCUGCUGGAAGGAGCCUGCAGCCGCCCCCCUCCCAAGGAGGCCAGCACCGGCCCGGUCAGCGGCGUUGAGAUCAUGAGGAAGCUUUCCAAGUCCCACACGCACAACGAGUCUGCCCACAGGAUAAAGGGUUCGCAUCCCUACCAGUCGCUGAGCUACACCAGCGGCGACACAGCGGCCGACUCGCCGGCCCACGUGAGCCGCGGCGGCGGGCCGCCAGCCAGGGACAGCCCGCGCAAGGAGAGCCUGCUGAGCAACCUGACGGGCAGCUUCCGCAGCCUGCACAACCUGCUGGAGGGAACGCCGCAGCGGAGCGACACGGCCGCCGCCGCCAAGAGCGGCUCCCUCACACGCACAGGGACGGACAUGCUGACCGAACAUCCGCUGCUGUCCGAGCCGUCCUCCGUCAGCUUCUACAACUGGAUGUCCAACGCCGUGGGGAACCGGGCCGGCUCCGCGUCAAACGACUCCCCGCUCAGUCGCUCCCAGCCAGGCGGAACCUGCACCCUGCCCACCAUCCCCUCGGCGUCGGACUUCAACACGGUUCUGUCCAGUGACCAGAACACGCUGGAUGGGACGCACUCCCAGCACAGCACCAGUCAGGACGACCUGGUGGACGUGGAGGAGGGGAACCAGUGUCCAGCCGCCGUGCAGCUGGCUGACGCUCAGGUUGUCUUCAAGCCCUUGCUGGGCUACAUCGGCAUCCAGGCGCAGGACGCCACUCCCCUCAGCUACAAGAUGUACUUUGGAGAACAUUUGUCGUUUUCGGGCAACCUGGAGUGUCUGCGAGCCGACAUCGUGGACUCCGACACGACCAAGGAGCGGAAAAACAAGAAGUCUAGGAGGCAGGGCACCGUCAACCUUCCCCCGCUGGAGUUCAAGCCCGCCCUGCUGAUCGAGACCUUCAGUGUCAAUGCCGUGGUGAUGGAGAAGUCCGCCAGCGCCCCCCAGGGGGCGCCGCUCUCCUUCCACGACCUGAACCGCCGCCACUACAACACCUUCCACUGCGACUUCACCACAGCCUGCCAGGCCAUCAGCCAGCGCGUCGACAUGGCACUGGUGCGCCUCAUCCACCAGUUCAGCACCAUGAUCGACGACAUCAAGGCCACGCAGACCGACAUCAAGCUGAGCCGCUACACCGCUGGCUCCACCUCCCCCACCCCCACCUUCAGGGCCCGCCCCUACCGCCACAUCCUGUCCUCCGACUUCAGCCGCAGCUCCCGCGGCAGCCUGAACGGCACGGGCCGCUGCGCCACGCAGACGCUGAAGAGCAAAAGAGGAGGAGGGGCGGGGCUUCCCUCCAACGGGCCGCCGUCCAGCAUCGACACGCUAGGGCGGCGGGAACCCCGAGGACGCAGCUCGCUGGGGCGCUCGGAGCGCCGCACCUCCAAGGUGUCCAGAAAGGGCUCCCGGGACGUGGCGGACCACAUGCCGAUCCAGAUGGACGACUCGGACUCCAUCACGGUGUCGGAGCAGAGCGAGCCGUCGGCAGAGUGCUGGCAGAACAUGUACAAGCUGCUCAACUUCUACUCCCUGAUCUCCGACCCGACCGGCAUCCUGGAGAAGAGUUCGCCGGAGAACUGCAUCUCAGAGGGCGGGCGGCGGCCGUCGGAGUCGCUCUGUAAGGUCAUCUUUGAGAACGAGAACGAGCAGCCGGAGCCGGCUACACCUGGCAGGCCACCUGGGGCUGCGGGCGGGCGGCGGCGCAGCCUGGUGAGCGGCGAGCCGCAGCACGUCACGCUGAUCGUGUUCGGCAUCGGCAUGGUGAACCGCACUCACCUGGAGGCCGACAUCGGCGGCCUGACCAUGGAGGCGGAGCUUAAGAAGAUCCACGGGUCGUUCACGCUGAAGGAGAAGAUGAAGGAUAUUCUCCACCAGAAGAUGACGGAGACGUGCGCGUCGGCUCACAUCGGAGGAGUGAACAUCGUUCUGUUGGAGGGAAUCACGCCGGACAUUCAACUGGAGGACUUCCCCACGUCUCCCACCAGCACGGCUAAGCAGGAGUUUCUGACCGUCGUCAAGUGCACCAUCGCCAAGUCGCAGGCGCUGUACAGCGCCCAGCGGGGCCUGAGGACCAACAACGCCGCCGUCUUCAAGGUGGGCUCCAUCAUGAUCAACAUCCCGCAGCACCCGGCCACGCUGCACAGCAUGAUGGUCCGCAGCUCCCACCAGCUCUCCAAGCAGAUCUCCGACCUCAUCCGCCAGCCCGCCAACACCCAACCGAACCGCGAGGACACGCCGACGCCCCAGCCGCCGGACAAGGCGUCCAGCAUCAACCAGACGCCGGUGGAGGCCAACGAGUUCCCCCAGCUGCCCGAGGGCCUGGAGAAGAAGCCCAUCGUCCUCAAGUUCAGCGCCAUGAUGGACGGCAUCACCAUCGGCGCCGCCCUGCUGCCCUCGCUCAAAGCAGAGUACAAGAUGGGGGCGGUGAAGAGCCACGGCAUGACAGGAGCUCAGACCAGCUUCACCUUCGAGCUGCCAAGCCACAAGCUGUGCUUCCAGUCCAAGGUGUCCCCGGUGGACAUGUCCACCAUGUCCCCGUCCGCCAGCCUGUCCCUGCCGCCCGUCACCAUGUCGGGGGAGUACAUCAUGGAGGACCACGAGAGCCACUCCGACCAGAGCUGGGCCCCCGACGACUUCCCGGCCAAGCAGGGCAACUACCUGCAGGGCAACUACCUGCGAUGCGUCGCUGAGAUCGGCUCGUUUGAACACAACCUGACGACGGACCUGCUGAACCACCUGGUGUUCCUGCAGAAGGUCUUCAUGAAGGAAGUCAACGAAGUCAUCCAGAAGGUUUCAGGAGGCGAACAGCCGAUCCCGCUGUGGAACGAACACGACUCGUCCACGGACGCAGACAAGCCCAAGAUCCUGCUCUACUCCCUCAGCCUAAUGUUCAAGGGGAUCCAGAUGACGGCCACCACGCCGUCGAUGCGGGCCGUGCGCUUCGAGACGGGCCUGAUCGAGCUGGAGCUGUCCAACCGGAUCCAGUGCAAGGCUCAACCCGGAGGCAGCAGCAGCUACCUGAAGCUGUUCGGCAAGUGCCAGGUGGACCUGAACCUGGCGCUGGGGCAGAUCGUCAAGCACCAGGUUUACGAAGAGGCCGGCUCAGACUUCCACCAGGUGGCGUACUUCCGGACCCGGAUCGGUCUGAGGAACGCGCUGCAGGAGGAGAUCAGCGGCUCGUCGGACAAGGAGGCGGUUCUGAUUACUCUGAACCGGCCCAUCGUGUUCGCUCAGCCGGUGGCGUUCGACAGAGCCGUGCUCUUCUGGCUGAACUACAAGGCAGCGUACGACAACUGGAACGAGCAGCGGCUGGCGCUCAACAAGGACAUCCACAUGGCCACCAAGGAGGUGGUGGACAAGCUGCCGGGCAUCCAGCAGACCUCGGCCCAGGCCUUCAGCACCCUGUUCCUGCAGCUCACCGUCAACGACCUGGGCAUCUGCCUGCCCAUCACCAACGCUUCACAGGCCAACCACAGCAUCGACUUCGACACGGGCUCGGCUCUGGUUCUGACCAUCGAGAGCACGCUGAUCACCGCCUGCUCCUCCGAGUCUCUGGUGAGCAAAGGUCACUUCAAGAACUUCUGCAUCCGCUUUGCCGAAGGCUUUGAGACGUCCUGGGACGACUGGAAGCCCGAAGUCCGGGGAGACCUCGUCAUGAACGCAUGCGUCGUCCCUGACGGGACGUAUGAAGUCUGCUCCAGGACCACGGGCCAGCCGUCUGCAGAGAGCAGCAGCGCCGGUACCUGGACGCUCAACGUUCUGUGGAAAAUGUGCGGCAUUGACGUCCACAUGGACCCGAACAUCGGCAAGCGGCUGAACGCCCUGGGCAACACGCUGACGUCGCUGACGGGGGAGGAGGACGCCGACGACAUCGCCGACCAGAACUCGGUGAACAUGGGAGACCUGUCGGACGAGGACGAAGCCGACACCAUGUUGCCCACCGUCCACACGGAGAACUUUGACCCCCGGCGGCAGGCGACGUGCGGCGCGGCGCUGGACGCCCGCGGCAGGAAGGUCACCAAGAGGGUGGUGGACAUCCGGGAGCUGAAUGAACAGGCCAAGGUCAUCGACGACCUGAAGAAGCUGGGCGCCAGCGAGGGAACCAUCAACCAGGAGAUCCAGCGCUACCAGCAGUUGGAGUCGGUGGCCGUCCAGGACAUCAGGAGAGACGUCAGGAAGAAGCUGCGGCGCUCCAGCAUGAGGGCCGCCUCCCUGAAGGAUAAGUGGGGCCUCGGCUACAAACCCAGCUACAGCCGCUCCAAAAGCAUCUCGGCGGCGGCGGGCCGGCCGCCUCAAAAACGGAUCGAACGCCAGAGCUCUAAGGUCGGGGAUGUGGAUGAUUUCCCAGAAGUUCGUGUGGACGUGUCCGCUCCUUCGCCUCGCGUCACCUUCAACAUCCAUGACCAGUUUCCCGAGGAGUCCGAGUGCGAUCUGUUGUCCAUCACCAUCGACGACCCAUCCCAUCCUCAUCAUCACCUUCACCUCCAUCCUCCAUCCUCUGCGGAGGGCCAGCAGUCGGUGUUCAGUGCCCCCGCCACGCCCGCUGUCUUCUCACCCGUCGUUCCCUUCCAGCACUACGACUCCAGGCGCGACGACCUGUCCUCUUCGUCCUCCGAGGACUCGGAGAAGGAGGACGAGUUCGAGAGACCGUCGAGCUACCGCCGGCCGCUCCAUCCGUCCCAUAAGAAGCCGUCGGGCUUCUCGGCCGUCAGCCAGCUGUUCAGCGAACGCUGGCCCGGCACGCCAGCCAGCCGCAGCUUCAGCAGCCCGGCGCCGGAGAAGAACAUCGACUUCGAACUGGACGUGCGCGUGGAGAUCGACAGCGGGAAGUGCGUCCUUCACCCCACCACUCAGCAGUCGGAGCAUGAGGACGUCGCCCUGCGCAGGAGCUGCGACCGCAUCCUGAGGAGUCUGGACCAGGAUUCUCCUCCCAAGAAGAAGAAGCUGCAGCCGGCCUACAGCUCCUCCACUCACCUCCUGGCCGGGAAGAAAGGCCCUGCCACCCUGCAGACCAAGUCCAACGACCUGGAGACGACGGUGUUCUACAUCCCCGGCGUAGACGUGAAGCUGCACUACAACUCCAAGACGCUGAAGACGGAUUCUCCCAACGCCUCGCGGGGAUCCUCUCUGCCCCGCACGCUCUCCAAAGAGUCCAAGCUGUAUGGUAUGAAAGAAAGUGGCCCAAACCCCCCCAAUGCUGUCCACUGCAAGACUAACUCGCUCCUACCUCCCCCACCCCCACCUGUUGCUGCAGCCAAAGGGAAGGGCGUUGGUGGGGUGAAGACAGCCAAGCUGUACGCCUGGGUGGCGCUUCAGACUCUGCCGGAGGAAAUGGUCAUCAGUCCGUGUCUGCUGGACUUCCUGGAAAAAGCUCUGGAGACCAUUCCCAUCACGCCGGUGGACCGGAGCUACGCAGCCACGGCAACCCAGGAGGAGGACAUGGGUCAGUUCGACCCGGUGGACCCGCUGGAGGAGUCCUCCGCCUCGCUGGUCUCCUCCUCCACCUCGGCCUACUCCUCGUUCCCGGUGGAUGUGGUCGUCUACGUCAGAGUCCAGCCCUCUCAGAUCCGCUUCAGCUGCCUGCCCAUGUCCAGGGUGGAGUGCAUGCUGAAGCUGCCGUCGCUGGACCUGGUGUUCUCCUCCAACCGCGGAGAACUGGAGACGCCGACAGGAACCAACCCCACGGACGGGCCGCACGCGCCGUCCUCCACCCCGCCGGGGCAACACGGCCCCAAGCCGCCCCCCAGCAGAGCAUCUCCCCAGCUGGGCAGCCCGUUGGGCCGGAGCCGCCACAGCAGCAGCCAGUCGGACCUGACCGCGCCGCCCAGCAACUCGUCUGGCCUGAGCUUCACCGCCUGCAUGUCGGACUUCUCCCUCUACGUGUUCCACCCGUACGGCGCCGGGAAGCAGAAAUCGGCCGUCACGGGCCUGCCUCCGGGCCCGGGCCCGCUAGACGACGAGCCGUCGUCGGUGACUGGCCGGAAGGACUCGCUGUGCAUCAACCUGGAGUUCGUGAAGGUCAGCCUGUCGCGCAUGAGGCGCACCGGAGCGCCGACCUUCAUCGAGAGCUUCGUCUCCAAGGGAGGCAAGAUGGACACCACCCUGAUCAACAUCUCAGCCGUGUGCGACAUCGGGUCGGCUUCCUUCAAGUACGACAUGCGGCGCCUGAGCGAGAUCCUGGCGUUCCCCCGGGCCUGGUACCGCCGCAGCAUCGCCAGGCGCCUCUUCCUGGGAGACCAGACCAUCAACCUGCCGCCCUCGGGUCCCGCCACCCCGGACUCGGCGGAGAGCAUCGCCCAGCACCUGUCGCCCGAGUCCAGUCGGAAGGCGUACUGGAGGACGUGGGACGGCGGCUCGGCGGCGUUGCACGCUCCGCAGUCGCCCAACGUCUUCUCGGAGCACGCCAACAUGUCGCCCGGUGGCCUGGGCCACCUCAAGUCCCCGGCGCCUGGCCGCACCCGCAGCGUGUCCGACUCGUCUGCCCCUAGGACCGAGCCAGUGGCCAAAACGUCGACGCCCGCCUUCGGGAAGAACGGGAAGUCGGCCGGCCAGCAGGGGUCGCCAUGGGAGACGCUGGUGGUGUUCGCCAUCAACCUGAAACAGCUGACCGUCCAGAUGAACAUGAGCAACGUCAUGGGCAACAACACCUGGACCACCAGCGGCCUGAAGAGCCAGGGCCGCCUGUCGGUGGGCAGCAACCGUGACCGCGAGAUCAGCAUGUCGGUGGGCCUGGGCCGCUCCAAGCUAGACUCCAAGGGCGGCGUGGUGGGCGGCAACAUCGACGUCAACACCCUGGAGAUGGUCGCCCACAUCUCGGAGCAUCCCAACCAGCAGCCCGGCCACAAGAUCCAGAUCACCAUGGGCUCCACGGAGGCGCGGGUCGACUACAUGGGCUCCAGCAUCCUGAUGGGCGUGUUCAGCAACGCCGACCUGCAGCUGCAGGACGAGUGGAAGGUCAACCUGUGUGCAGUGGACAGCAGCCUCUCCGAGAAAAGUCAGAUCUUUGUGCACGGCGACCUGCAGUGGGACGUCUUUCAGGUCAUCAUCUCUCGCUCCACAACGCCCGACCUCAUCAAGAUCGGCAUGAAGCUCCAGGAGUUUUUCACCCAGCAGUUCGACACCAGCAAGCGGGCACUGUCCACCUGGGGCCCCGGGCCCUACCUGCCCCCAAAAACGCCCGUCAUCAGCGCCGAGAAAGGAGCUGCGGAGCUCUACGUGGACGCCGCCCAUCACCGCCACUGGCCCGGCGUGCUGAAGGUCGUCGCCGGCUGCCACAUUUCGCUCUUCCAGACGCCGCUCCCCGAAGACGCCGUGCAGCUUGGCGGCUCCAUGAGUCUCCAUGGCAACCACACGACGCUGGCCUGCUUCCACGGGCCCAACUUCCGGUCCAAGUCCUGGGCGCUGUUCCACCUGGAGGAGCCCAACAUCGCCUUCUGGACCGAGGCGCAGAAGAUCUGGGAGGACGGCUCCAGAGACGACUCCACCUACAUCGUGCAGACGCUGGACUUCCAUCUUGGACACAACACCAUGGUAACGAAGCCAUGUGGCGCCCUGGAGAGUCCCAUGGCGACCAUCACCAAGAUCACGCGCGGUCGCCACGAGAACCCGCCACACGGCGUCGCCACGGUGAAGGAGUGGUUCAACUACGUCACCGCCAUGCGGAACAAAGAGCUGAACCUGCUGCGUAACGUGGACUCCAGCGGCGAGCAGAGCGGCGAGGCGGCGCGGAGCUCCAGCCUGCUCAGCAGCUUCCGGGGUUCGCACGCCUACGACCACGAGACCGAGACCAUCUUCGCCCUACCCAGAAUGCAACUGGACUUCAAGUCCAUCCACGUGCAGGACGCCGACGAGCCGGCGCUGAGCGACGCCGGCGGUAAGCCAAAGGUGGAGUGCAGCAUGGUGACGGAGUUCACCGACCACAUCUGCGUUACCAUGGACGCGGAGCUCAUCAUGUUCCUGCACGACCUGGUGUCCGCCUACCUGAAGGAGAAGGAGAAAGCGCUCUUCGCCCCGCGGCUGCCGGUCGCCCGGCAGGGCCAGAAGAGCCCCACGGCGCCGCAGGACGACGGCGGCGCGCAGAGCGAACGCGACGACGCCGUCAACUACACCGCCGUGGACUGGAGGGAGUUCAUGUGCAACACCUGGCACCUGGAGCCCACCCUCAGGCUGAUCUCCUGGACCGGCAGGAAGAUCGACCCGGUCGGGGUGGAUUACAUCCUGCAGAAGCUGGGCUUCCACCACGCCCGCACCACCAUCCCCAAGUGGCUGCAGCGCGGCGUCAUGGACCCGCUGGACAAGGUUCUGUCGGUUCUGAUCAAGAAGCUGGGCGCCGCCCUGCAGGACGAGAAGGACAGGAAGGGGCGGGACAAAGAGGAGCACUGAGGGAGGGACUGGGACCCAACUGGGGUCCAAACGGGAUCUAACUGGGAGAUUCGGCUGGAACCCAACAGGGACCUAACUGAGAUCUAACUGGGACCCACUGGAACCAAACCAAUACCCAACUGGGAGAUACUUCAGGGAUCCAACUGAGAUCCAGAUUGAACGGGGACCCAUCCGGACUGAUUACUCUGACCACUCUUCAUCCAGAACCACGCUGCUGCUGCUAGCAUCAUUGACCUGAUGGACGGUCUAGUUCAUGUAAACACACCUCGGCCUUUUCUUUGUUUCCCAUGGAAGACGAUCAGGCAUGCUUCAUGUAGGAUAGUGACCAUCAGCAGCUGCUCCUCAGACCUCACCAUGAUUGUUUUAACUCUUUAUUUAUGGGAUGUGGGAACGCUACGUGACUCUGGUGUUGUAGCUUGGUCCGUUUUUUAAUCCGCAGUAGAACCAGUGUACAUAGAUCCGUUUCUUAAGUGUGUUGAUUUCUUAACGUAAUAAAACCAUUUCCAUUCAGGGUGAAA